AUGACGGGUAAGCUUUUUGGUCAAUCAGUUUCUAUUUUGAUAUAUACAGGAGCUAUUGAAUGCUUUAUUGAUCCUAAAGUAGUUUCUAGAUUAUCUAUUAGACCUGGUUAUAUGUCAAAUGCAUGGAUGGUUCAAUAUGGAAAUCGAGCAGAGAAGAGGGUAGAUUCAUGUCUAUUUUGUAGUGAUUUAGAGCUUCCUAGUUUCCAAACUCAAGUUAAUCUAUAUGUGGCACCACUAGGAUUGUAUGAUGUAAUCUUAGGUAUCAAUUGGUUAAAUGAGCACAAAGUUGUAGUAAACUAUGAGGAUAAGGUUGUUAGUUGUAUAGAUGAUUUUGGAAAUCUGGUUGAGAUUCUUAGGUCUCAAAGGCCUCUUGAAUUGAGACACAUCUCAGCUAUGCAAAUUAAGAAAGCCCAAAGGAAGGGAUGUUCCAUAUUUUCUAUCAUUGUAAGUGACUUGGAUAAUACCAAGAAAAGCCCUAAGGGUUAUCCAGUUCUCAAAGAGUUCCUAGAUGUUUUUCAAGAAGACCUUACUAGGUUACCACCAGAAAGGGAAUUUGAUUUCAUUAUAGAACUCUUACCUGGAACUAAGCCACAAUCCAAGGCUCCAUACAAAAUGACUACCACAUAA